GAAGAAGGGGUGGAGGAGGAGCCGGGAGUGUAGUGCAGUCGCUGCAGUCCAAGGACAAAGGCCAUCCGCCAGAGUUCAGCCUAGCGGCCGCCUUGGGCCCCUCCUUUUUUCCUCCCCCCGGGGGCGGAGGAGUUGCGAGAUGCUGAGCCUGUGACUCCCCUCUUCCAGUCCCUGUCACCGAGAACGGGAACCAGCGCUCGCCCACUCGCCGGAGGAGACGGCCCUGGACUCGCAGCCCCGCCGGCGUAACCAUGAGCUCCGGCCAGCAGCCGCCCCCGCCGCGGAGGGUCACCAACGUGGGCUCCCUGGUGCUUACACCGCAGGAGAACGAGUCUCUCUUCUCUUUCCUCGGCAAGAAAAGUGUGAAAAGACGAGACCUCCCAAAUGGUCCUAAUCUACCCAUGGCAACAGUUGACACAAAAAAUCCAGAAAUCACAACCAAUAGAUGUGACGGUCCACCAGUCAACAAUAUCUCCCACACCAAGGAAAAAGAAAAGGAAAAGUCAAAAAGGGUAACCAAGGCAGAUAUUGGAACACCAAGCAACUUCCAGCACAUUGGGCGUGUUGGUUGGGAUCCAGAUACUGGCUUUGAUCUGAAUAAUUUGGAUCCAGUAUUGAAGAGCCUUUUUGAUAUGUGUGGAAUCUCAGAGGCACAACUUAAAGACAGAGAAACAUCAAAAGUCAUAUAUGAUUUCAUUGAAAAAACAGGAGGUGUUGAAGCUGUUAAAAAUGAACUACGAAGGCAAGCUGUGCACAGUCUCCCGAAUAAAAUUCAACUCCCCUGGACUUGUAUACAGACUGAUGUGAUACAGUAGAUGUGAAUAACCUCAAGACACGAAGUAACUG